AUGUCCGAAUCUGGGCAGUCCUCAGCAGCUGCCACACCGAGCACCACUGGAACCAAGUCCAACACUCCCACAUCAUCUGUGCCCUCUGCUGCCGUCACACCCUUGAACGAGAGCAUCCAGCCCAUCAGCGAAUACAACGGCACGACCAAGAGCAAUAAGAGGGCACGAGAAAAGCGGAACAGCAGGAACAUGGAAGUCCAGGUCACGCAGGAGAUGAGGAAUGUCAGCAUAGGAAUGGGCAGCAGUGAUGAAUGGUCCGAUGUUCAGGACAUCAUAGACUCUACUCCAGAGCUGGAUAUGUGUCAAGACCCUCGCCUGGAACGUGCUGGUAACAGCCCGACACAGGGGAUUGUGAACAAAGCAUUUGGCAUCAACACAGACUCUCUGUACCAUGAACUUUCCACAGCAGGAUCCGAGGUUAUUGGAGAUGUUGAUGAAGGAGCAGAUCUGCUAGGAAUGGGCAAAGAAGUGGGGAAUCUGCUGUUGGAGAACUCGCAGCUACUGGAGACCAAAAAUGCUUUGAACGUUGUGAAGAAUGAUUUGAUUGCCAAGGUGGACCAGCUGUCUGGAGAGCAAGAAGUGCUGAAGGGAGAGCUUGAAGCAACAAAGCAGGCCAAAGCCAAAAUGGAAACCAGAGUCAAAGAGCUGGAGGAGGAGCUGAAAAGAGUGAAAUCUGAAGCGAUUGUUGCCCGACGAGAACCCAAAGAGGAGGUGGAGGAUGUAAGCAGCUAUCUCUGUACAGAAUUGCAGUGCUCCUCCCCCCUGCAGGACAACAUUCCCAUAGCUCAGCGCCGCCGCUUCACCCGUGUGGAAAUGGCCCGGGUUCUGAUGGAGCGCAAUCAGUACAAAGAGAGGUUGAUGGAGCUCCAGGAGGCUGUCAGGUGGACAGAGAUGAUCAGAGCUUCCCGUGAGCACCCAUCCGUCCAGGAGAAGAAGAAAUCCACCAUUUGGCAGUUCUUCAGCCGUCUGUUCAGCUCUUCCUCAAGUCCUCCACCAGCAAAGAGGACCUACCCAUCUGUGAACAUCCACUACAAGUCUCCAACAACAGCAGGGUUCAGCCAGCGUCGCAGUCACACCAUGUGCCAGAUCUCCUCUGGCAGCCGCACCCUGGAGUUCUUCCCUGACGAUGACUGUACAUCCUCAGCACGUCGUGAGCAGAAGCGGGAGCAGUACCGCCAGGUCCGGGAGCAUGUGCGGAAUGAUGAUGGGCGAUUGCAGGCCUGCGGCUGGAGCCUCCCUGCCAAGUACAAGCAGCUGAGUCCCAAUGGUGGUCAGGAAGACACUCGCAUGAAAAACGUCCCCGUUCCUGUAUAUUGUCGCCCACUAGUAGAGAAGGACCCGACCAUGAAGCUGUGGUGUGCAGCUGGUGUCAAUCUCACGGGAUGGAGACCUGUGGAGCAGGAGCCUGGGAAUGGGCAGAAGUUGGAUCCUGGACGUGAUCCGCUUACCUGUGAUCGGGAAGUGGAAGGCGAGAACAACAAAAGUAACCAUACAUCGCCUGAAAAGAAAAAGGCAAAGGACCUCCAUGAAAUGGAUGCCACAUCCAGUCGUGUCUGGAUCCUCACUAGCACGCUGUCAACAAGUAAAGUUGUAAUUAUUGAUGCCAAUCAGCCUGGCACAGUGGUGGACCAGUUCACUGUCUGCAAUGCUCAUGUGCUCUGCAUCUCCAGCAUCCCUGCGGCCAGUGAGAGCGAUUAUCCUCCAGGCGAGAUCUUUCUGGAGGGAGAUGUAAAUCCUGAUGAGUCAUCUGGAACAGAUGGUGUCUUGGCAGGAAUCACUCUGGUGGGCUGUGCAACCCGCUGCAAUGUGCCACGAAGCAACUGUUCCUCGCGUGGUGACACACCUGUGCUGGACAAGGGACAGAGUGAAGUGUCUGCUGUCUGCAAUGGGAAGAUCAACCAGUCCCAGUCUACUGAGGAGGCAACAGAAGCUACGGAGGUACCAGAGAAUGGCACAAGCGAGGCAGAGCCUGCUCAGGCCCGGCCUGGGCCCCUCACGGAGCACGUGUUUACAGACCCAGUCCCUGCACAGGCACCUCUUAGGCAGAAUGGGGAGAAUGGGCAGCUGAAAACCGAGUCAAGCACAACACUGCCAGAUCAGGAGUUGAAUGGGGAUGCUGCUGGGACUUGCACCAGUGCUGCCCCCACCAUGUGGCUGGGAGCACAGAAUGGCUGGCUUUAUGUGCACUCGGCUGUAUCCAACUGGAAGAAGUGUCUGCACUCGAUAAAGCUGAAGGACUCUGUGCUGAGUCUAGUGCAUGUGAAGGGGAGGGUUCUUGUUGCUCUGGCAGAUGGAACACUAGCCAUAUUCCACCGGGGAGAAGAUGGUCAGUGGGAUCUCAGCAAUUACCACCUAAUGGACCUCGGUCACACUCACCAUUCCAUCCGCUGCAUGGCUGUUGUGUAUGAUAGAGUCUGGUGUGGCUACAAGAACAAAAUCCAUGUUAUCCAGCCUAAGACAAUGCAGAUUGAGAAAUCCUUUGAUGCCCACCCUCGGCGGGAGAGUCAGGUGCGACAGCUGGCAUGGAUUGGAGAUGGAGUGUGGGUUUCUAUCCGCCUGGACUCCACUCUGAGGCUUUACCAUGCCCACAGCCAUCAACAUCUGCAAGAUGUCGACAUUGAGCCUUAUGUCAGCAAGAUGCUAGGCACUGGAAAGCUGGGCUUCUCAUUCGUUCGGAUUACAGCCCUGCUCAUUGCUGGCAACCGCCUCUGGGUAGGAACGGGGAACGGUGUCGUCAUCUCCAUUCCAUUGACUGAGACUGUAGUCCUCCACCGAGGCCAACUCCUUGGGCUCCGGGCCAACAAGACCUCACCAACCUCUGGAGAGGGCAGCCGCUCUGGCGGGGUCAUCCACGUGUACGGUGAUGACAACAGUGACAAAUCUGCCAGCAGUUUCAUCCCCUACUGCUCCAUGGCUCAGGCACAGCUCUGUUUCCACGGCCACCGUGAUGCUGUCAAGUUCUUCGUCUCUGUGCCUGGCAAUGUCCUAGCAACCCUGAAUGGGAGUGUGUUGGACAGCCCUUCAGAGAACCCCAGCACAGCGGCCACAGAGACCGAGGGGCAGAAGCUGAAGAACGUCCUGGUGCUGAGUGGAGGAGAAGGGUACAUCGAUUUCCGGAUCGGGGAUGGAGAAGAUGAUGAGACAGAGGAGAAUGCAGGAGAUGCCACCCAGGUCAAGCCAGUACUUUCCAAGGCUGAAAGGAGCCACAUUAUUGUGUGGCAGGUAUCAUAUAUCCCGGAGUGAGAGUUUCUCCUUUCCCACCAAUGUAAGUGUCCCUCCUCCUGCCUGAAUGCCAAGAUGUACAUACAGAACGCCUGCAUUAUACCUACUGCUGGAAACCGACCCCAGACAACUGCAAUGGCUCCUGCCUUGGACUGUGACCCCCUUCUAACCUCUGAACUUGCAGCUUUCAUCUUGGGCCUGUGCGCUUUCUGCGUGGUUGGAUUAUUGUUCUGCUCUGGAGCUGGCAUCUAGAAGGAGAGAAAUGGCAGUGCAUUGAUGAAGUGGAGCUUGGAGCUAGAACUGUGCAAAGCCUUUGCCCAGUGCUUGGGAGCUGGCAGCUGGAUGGGUGGUGGCUCGUGUUCUCCAGCAGGUUUCCUC